AUGAGUUGUUGUUCCAGCCGUCUUCAAUCAAAAAAUCUGCCAAUGCGACGCGGGGAAUAUGAACGGGCAAUGCAGCGUAAUGCUGAUCCGAUUUGCUGGUAUUGGCUGCAUGUCCUUAUUGAACCUCGUACCAGGUACCGAGUAGCCGUUAUGCCGUUUGAUAGUACCCUCGCGAGGGGCAACAGCCAAGUUUUGUGGCAAGGGCCCACUGAGCCUCAGCCAGACGAGCAGCAUGAUUUGAAGAUGGGUGUCAGCUACAUCAUCUUCGUCGUCAGGGAGACUGAGCACCUUGGGGGAGGAGCCAAGAGCGAGAUGUGA